AUGGGGGAGCCCCCGGGCUACCGGCCCUCGGCCUGGGUGCACCUGCUCCACCAGCUGCCCCGCGCCGACUUCCAGCUCCGCCCGGUGCCCAGCGACUUCGCGCCGCGGGAGCCGGGGUACCAGCAGGCCCUGCUGCUGGUGGCGGCCUUGGCCGGCCUGGGCCUGGGCCUCAGCCUCAUCCUCAUCGCUGCCUACCUCAUCCGCGUCUGCUGCUGCCGGCCCCCCGAGCCCCCGGGAGCCAAGAGCCCCCCGCCCGGGGGAGGCUGCGUCACCUGGAGCUGCAUCGCCGCCCUUCUCGUCAGCUGCGCGGGCAUUGGCAUCGGUUUCUAUGGCAACAGCGAGACCAGCGAUGGGGUGGCCCAGCUCAGCGCGGCGCUGCUGCAGGCCAACCACACGCUCAGCGCCGUGGAUGCCCUGGUGUCGGAGUCGGUGGAGAGGCUGGGCGAGGCGGUGCGGACGGAGCUGACCACCCUGGAGGAGGUGUUCGCCCAGCGCACGGAGCUGGUGGCCGCCACGCGGGGGGCCCGGCGGCAGGCGGAGGCCGUGGCCCAGCAGCUUGGGGGGCUGGCCUUCUGGCAGGGGGUGCCGCUGAGCCCCCUGCAGGUGGCCGAGGACGUGUCCUUCGUGGAGGAGUACAGGUGGCUGGCCUACGUCCUCCUGCUGCUGCUGGAGCUGCUGGUCUGCCUCUUCACCCUCCUGGGCCUGGCCAAGCAGAGCAAGUGGCUGGUGAUCAUGAUGACGGUGAUGAGCCUCGUGGUCCUGGUGCUGAGCUGGGGCUCCCUGGGCCUGGAGGCCGCGGCCACCGUGGGCCUCAGCGACUUCUGCUCCAGUCCCGACACCUACAUCCUGAACCUGACUCAGGAGGAGACGGGGCUCGACUCAGACAUCCUGAGCUAUUAUUUCCUCUGCAACCAGGCCAUCGCCAACCCCUUUCAACAGAGGCUGACCCUGUCCCAGCGGGCGCUGGCCAACAUCCACUCCCAGCUGCAGGGCCUGGAGCGAGAGGCUGUGCCCCAGUUCCCUUCCGCGCAGAAACCUCUGCUGUCCCUGGAGGAGACCUUGAACGUGACGGAGGGAAACUUCCACCAGUUGGUGGCGCUACUGCACUGCCGAGGCUUGCACAAGGACUACAGCGCCGCCCUGCGGGGCCUGUGCGAAGACACCCUCGAGGGCCUGCUCUUCCUGCUGCUCUUCUCCCUCCUGUCCGCCGGGGCCCUGGCCACCGCCCUCUGCAGCCUGCCCCGCGCCUGGGCCCAGUUCCCGCCCAGGAAUCCAAGCGCUUCGUGCAGUGGCAGUCAUCUAUCUGAGCCUCUUCUCCGCGCCCGGCGGGAGCCUGUGCCCCCUCCCCGCUCCUUCCCGGGCAGCCGGAGAAGGCCCCACUAA